AUGGGACGCUACUUACUGUUGCUCUUCUCCAUCCUGUACAUGCUGCUCUGCCAGGCGUCUUCCUCGGGCGUCUUCGAGCUGAAGUUGCAGGAGUUUUUGAACAAGAAGGGUGUGCAAGGCAACAAGAACUGCUGCAAAGGUGGACUAACCACACCUUACCAGCAGUGCGAGUGCAAGACUUUUUUCCGCAUCUGCUUAAAACAUUAUCAGCCCAAUGCAUCUCCAGAGCCGCCCUGCACCUACGGAGGCACCGUCACCCCCGUGCUGGGCUCCAACUCUUUCCAAGUGCCAGAUACCUUACCUGAUGGCUCUUUCACCAAUCCCAUCAGGAUGAAUUUCGGUUUCACGUGGCCGGGAACCUUUUCUCUUAUCAUCGAAGCAGUGCAUGCUGAUUCCAAAGAGGAUCUGACAACAGAAAACCCAGAGCGCAUCAUCAGUACCAUGACCACACAGCGGCACUUGACUGUGGGCGAAGACUGGUCUCAGGACCUGCACAGCGUAGGUCGAACCGAGCUCAAGUACUCCUACCGCUUUGUGUGUGAUGAGCACUACUACGGCGAGGGAUGCUCUGUGUUCUGCCGGCCUAGAGAUGAUGCAUUCGGUCAUUUCACCUGCGGAGAACGUGGCGAAAUCAUCUGCGAUGCCGGGUGGAAGGGCCAGUACUGCACAGAACCAAUUUGCCUCCCGGGAUGCGACGAGGAGCAUGGCUUCUGUGAGAAACCUGGAGAGUGCAAGUGCAGAGUAGGCUUUAAAGGCCGCUACUGUGAUGAGUGCAUACGUUACCCAGGAUGCCUUCAUGGAACCUGCCAGCAACCAUGGCAAUGCAACUGCCAGGAAGGCUGGGGUGGCCUCUUCUGCAACCAAGAUCUGAACUACUGCACACAUCAUAAGCCCUGCCUGAAUGGAGCCACUUGUAGUAACACCGGUCAGGGCAGCUACACCUGUUCCUGUCGGCCAGGAUUCACGGGAGCCAGCUGUGAGAUCAAGGUCAAUGAAUGCACAGGAAACCCCUGCCGCAAUGGAGGAAGCUGCACUGACAUGGAGAACACCUACAGCUGUACCUGUCCACCUGGCUUCUAUGGCAACAACUGCGAGCUUAGUGGCAUGACGUGUGCAGAUGGGCCGUGCUUUAACGGUGGACGCUGUGCAGACAACCCCGACAGUGGUUACUUCUGCCAGUGUCCCACAGGAUACGCAGGGUUCAACUGCGAGAAGAAGAUCGACCAUUGCUCCUCCAGUCCAUGCUCUAAUGGUGCACGCUGCGUCGACCUGGUGAACUCAUACCUGUGCCAGUGUCCCGAAGGGUUCACGGGUAUGAACUGCGAUCGUGCCGGGGACGAGUGCUCACUGUAUCCUUGCCAAAAUGGCGGGACUUGUCAGGAAGGGGCCAGCGGUUACAUCUGCACGUGCCCACCUGGAUACACCGGACGAAACUGCAGCUCACCUGUGAGCCGCUGCCAACACAACCCCUGCCAUAAUGGCGCCACCUGCCACGAGAGGAACAACCGCUACGUGUGCGCUUGCGUUCCGGGAUACGGAGGACGCAACUGCCAGUUCUUGCUUCCGGACAGAGCGUCCCAAAUUGGCAGCGACGUUCCCUGGACUGCCGUGGGAUCGGGAGUCCUGCUGGUGCUGUUGUUGGUAGUCGCAUGCGCCGUGGUGGUGGUUUGCGUUCGCUCAAAGGUUCAGCAGCGCCGACGGGAUAGGGAGGAGGAGGUCGCCAACGGGGAAAACGAAACGAUCAACAACCUCACGAACAACUGUCACCGUGACAAAGACCUGGCCGUAAGUGUCAUCGGGGCAGCACCUUUAAAGAACAUCAACAAGAAGAUUGAUUUUCACAGUGAUCACGACGACUUGAGCAUGACAACCGAGAAGGAGAAGAGGAGCUAUAAGACACGACAUGCUCCUGCAGACUACAACCUGGUGCAUGAAGUAAAAUACGAGGUGAAGCAUGAGGUGAAACUGGAGCAUGCUGGAAAGGAGAUGGCGGCAAAGGAGUUGUCCGAUAGCUGCGAUGAUUUAAAGUGCCAAUCUCUGCAGGAUUCUUCCGAAUUUGAGGAAAAGCGCAGGAAACGUCUGAAAAGUGAUGCAUCAGAAAAGUCAAAAUAUUCAGAGUCAAGGUAUUCUGAAUCAAAGUAUUCUGAAUCAAAGUACUCAGAAUCAAAGUAUUCAGAAUCAAAGUAUUCCGAUUCGCUGUAUUCCGAGUCAGCAUGUGCGUCGGCAUAUGCCUCGGCAUCCACGUCGGCUUGUGUCGACACCAAAUACAAAUCCGUCAUGGUGAUGUCGGAGGAAAAAGAUGAAUGUGUAAUUGCAACUGAGGUGUAAUGGGCCUGCAGGAAGCCGAUGCUCAUUGUGUCCUAUGGGAGACAUUUUGAACUCCCUAAGAAAAUGCUGCUGCUCGAAACCUUGGGUGGAAAUGUCCCACCUCAUGACUACUGCUGCUGAGAAACUAAGACUGAUUAACUGAUAUUCAGGAUGAGCUGGUUCUCUGUACUGAAAGAGGCACAGGCA